AUGUCUACUGAUCAAAUGACCCAACUGGAUGAAUCCCAGAUCGAAACCAACUACGACAAGGUUGUCUACGAGUUCGAUGACAUGAACUUGAAUGAGAAGCUUUUGAGAGGUGUUUUCGGUUACGGUUUCAACAAGCCAUCUGCCAUUCAACAACGUGCUAUCAUGCCAAUUAUUGAAGGUAACGAUGUCUUGGCUCAAGCUCAAUCCGGUACUGGUAAGACUGGUACUUUCUCCAUUGCUGCUUUGCAAAGAAUUGACCCAGCUAUCAAGGCUCCACAAGCUUUGAUGUUGGCCCCAACCAGAGAAUUGGCUUUGCAAAUCCAAAAGGUCGUCAUGGCUUUGGGUUUCCACAUGGACAUCAAGGUUCACGCCUGUAUCGGUGGUACUUCCUUUGUUGAAGACGCUGAAGGUUUGAGAGAUGCCCAAAUUGUUGUCGGUACCCCAGGUCGUGUCUUCGACAACAUCCAAAGACGUAAGUUCAAGGUCGACAACAUCAAGAUGUUCAUCUUGGAUGAAGCCGAUGAAAUGUUGUCCACUGGUUUCAAGGAACAAAUCUACCAAAUUUUCACCAUGUUGCCACCAACCACCCAAGUCGUUCUAUUGUCCGCUACCAUGCCAAGAGACGUUCUAGAAGUCACUGCCAAGUUCAUGCAAAACCCAGUUAGAAUCUUGGUUAAGAAGGAUGAAUUGACUUUGGAAGGUAUCAAGCAAUUCUACGUCAACGUCGAAGAAGAACAAUUCAAGUACGAUUGUUUGACCGAUUUGUACGACUCCAUCUCCGUUACUCAAGCUGUUAUCUUCUGUAACACCAGACGUAAGGUCGAAGAAUUGACUCAAAGAUUGACCGCUGACAACUUCACCGUCUCCUCCAUCUACUCCGACUUGCCACAACAAGAAAGAGACACCAUUAUGAAGGAAUUCAGAUCUGGUUCUUCCAGAAUUUUGAUUUCCACCGAUUUGUUGGCCAGAGGUAUCGAUGUCCAACAAGUUUCCUUGGUUAUCAACUACGAUUUGCCAACUAACAAGGAAAACUACAUUCACAGAAUUGGUAGAGGUGGUCGUUUCGGUAGAAAGGGUGUUGCCAUCAACUUCAUUGUCAACGAGGACGUUCAAGCUUUGAGAGAAUUGGAACAAUUCUACUCCACUCAAAUCGAAGAAUUGCCAAGUGACAUCGGUACUUUGUUCACUUAA